UUAUUUCAGGUUUGUUCCGGAAGUGACGUUUUUCAUCGUACUGAGCUUCCCUUUGUCGUUUGGAGGCAACUCCGGCCAUCAAGGAUGACUACAGCUGCAAGACCAACGUUUGAGCCAGCAAGAGGGGGGAGAGGGAAAGGAGAAGGUGAUUUGAGUGCUCUGUCCAAGCAGUAUUCCAGUAGAGAUCUUCCUGGUCACACGAAGAUCAAAUACAGGCAGCCUACCCAGGAUGCCCCUGAGGAGGUGCGUGCCCGUGACUUUCGCCGGGAGCUGGAGGAAAGGGAACGUGUAGCUGCACGUGAGAAAACCAGAGAGAGAGGACCAAGAGAACACACCACAUCAUCAUCAUCUUCAUCGUCAUCUUCAAAGAGGCCCAGACUGGAUCAGAUUCCAGCAGCAAAUCUCGAUGCUGACGACCCUCUCACAGAAGAUGAUGAGGAUGAGGACUCUGAGGAAGACAGUGAUGAUGACGACACUGCAGCUCUCCUGGCUGAACUUGAUAAAAUUAAGAAAGAGCGGGCUGAAGAACAAGAACGCAAAGAGAAAGAGCAAAAAGCGGAGGAGGAGAGAAUUCGAAUGGAAAAUAUCUUGAGUGGCAAUCCAUUGAUUAAUUUGGCUGGGCAACAGCAGCAGAGUCAGAGUCUGCCUACAUUCAGAGUCAAGAGAAGGUGGGAUGAUGAUGUUGUGUUCAAAAAUUGUGCAAAAGGAGUGGACGAGUCACGGAAGGAGAAACGUUUUGUCAACGACACACUGCGCUCUGAGUUCCACAAGAAAUUUAUGGAAAAAUAUGUUAAAUAGGACUUGCUCACUGUUUAUCAUUAUUAUUGCUUUUUUUUUUCUAAUGUGAUUUUGUCCCCUUACUUUGCCCCAAGAUUACUAGAUGUCAUUCAUACUAAUUCAAAUUCAUAAGAGCAGGUAAAUUGUUGUAUAUAAAUGAGUCAAUGAGUUACAGCUUUUGAGUCAAGUUAGUCAAAAGGUCAAUGCUAAUUUUUAAAAUAUGGUUCUGCAUUUUUCUCACUAGUUUGUUUUUGUCCAAUAAACAAUAACUUGGCUCACA